AUGAAGGGAGAUGGCGAUGAACAAGUCCACCUGGAGGACAUAUCCCCGACGCCACCUGACCAACAAUACAGUAACAGGGACCUUCGGGUGGACACUUCUCCUGCAAACCCUCAGAACUGGCCUGUAUGGAAGAAGGAUGCUCAGAUUCUGAUGGUAGCCUUCCAUUCCAUGGCAGCAACAUUCAUGGCUGCAGGAAUUAUCCCGGCCUAUGACACGAUGGCCGAAGCGUAUGCUGUGACCGUGCCACAAGCAACUUAUCUUACCUCUGCCCAGAUCUUGCUCCUAGGCAUAUGCCCCCUUUUCUGGAAGCCCAUCACCUCGACCUACGGACGAUACCACGUCUUCAUCUUCUCUGUCCUUGGUAGCAUGGUUUGCAAUAUUGGCGGAGCUCGUUGUACCACCUACGGGACACAAAUGGUAACCCGAGUGCUCACGGCAAUCCUUAUCUCUCCUCCCAUGGGAAUCGGUAGCGGCGUGAUCGCAGAGUUGUGUGAGCCAGAAAAGCGAGCCCAGAAGCUAGGAUGGUGGACUCUCAUGCUCACACUGGGAACUCCUGGCGGCCCGCUCAUCAUGGGCUUCGUCACCAAGCGUGUCGGGUUCGAAUGGAUGUUUUGGAUUUUCGCCAUGAUGAACUUUGGGCAGCUCAUCGCGUAUUUGCUGCUCGGAGAAGAAACAUUAUACAUUCCGGCUGACGGCGAUACUUAUGGGGCAAAUCCGGAAAGACCUCGUUUCUUCCAGAAGUUGAUUCCACGCAGAAUCAACCCACAUCCGCUUAAGCUUCGCGAGUUUAUCGAGCCACUUCUCUAUUCGCGGUUCCCUAGGGUACUAAUUCCCGCAUGUGCUCACGCUAUCGUGUUCUGUUAUGGAAACAUUGCGCUGAUUGUCGAGAUGCCAAUUGCAUUUGGUGAAAAGUUCAACUUUGAUUCGCAGCAAAUUGGGCUGCAGUUCAUCGCGAUCGUCAUUGGAUGUCUGCUUGGCGAGCAGUUGAGUGGGCCCAUGUCGGACUGGUUUCUGCAAGUCAUGCAUAGGAAGAAAGGAUAUCACCGCCCUGCCGACCGUCUAUGGCUCUCUUAUAUUGGCUUUGGGACCGUCAUUGCAGGCCUUCUCGUAUGGGGGUUCCAGUUAGAAAAGGCGACCAGCUGGAACAUGACCCCAUGCGUUGGUGCGGCAAUCGCCAGCUUUGGCAACCAGAUCAUAACAACGAUUCUCAUAUCGUUCGCCGUUGACAGCUAUAAAGAAUCGUCGACCAAUGUCGGAGUCUGCAUCAACUUCUUCCGCCACAUAUAUGGAUUUAUUGGUCCAUUCUAUUUUCCUCCGAUGUUCAAUUCUUUGGGUUUGGCCGGUGCAGCCGGUGUUAUGUGUGCGAUUAUCGGAGCAUGUGCACUGCCUUCAGUCAUUGCCAUACAGUUCGUAGCUACGCGAACAGAUCGAAAGAGACAGGAUGUCACACACUGA